UGCCCAGGUUAGGCGCGCAUAUCCUGAGUUCGUGUCGGAGCGGGAUAUGCUGACGCCAGAUGACGUUAUCUGGGAGCCAUACACCCCAGAGGCGGUGGCGAGACGUGCACCUUUAGGCCUGUCUCUACACUGCUCUGCGAAUGCGGGUAUGUGGCUUACUACAUCCGUCCUUGUUUACGACAUCGCGGUUGAGGCGCAUUGCCCGCACAGGGUCAUGAGAUAGUUUGGACAGCGACAGGAGUUUCCGGUGGCCACGGCUUUGGACCGAGUCGAACGGUACAACCACAGGUUGUCGAGGAGUGGCAUGCCGUGCUCAGCCGUUUGGCACACCACGAUGCAGCCGUGGUUGGAGCAAUGGGACGAUGAAGAUGAGAACGUGGUCAAGCCGACAGGACCACACACAGACAGCUCUUUCAGGGCUUACCUCACCUGGUACUUGCCUCGGACUCGGGCUCGUUUGGUCUUUCCUGACACGAACCCGCAGCCACACCAGACGAGUCUUCGGGAUGGCUACGCCAAGCACCACGUGGAAGCACUAGCUGGCGCGGUGAGUCUCUUCAUAGUGUUUGCAAAUGGAUUCAAAUUCAUAAUAUUAUUCAAUAUGCAGGCGGACUGCUCUGCUUACCUCACGAGGGUGGAUCACGGUUCCCCUAUGACCCAGGUUGAGCAGAGAGAGGCAUGGUCCAGGCACCGUGACCACUUGCGUACAGUACUGCAAGAUUUUGGUAGCCGUGUGGACUAUGAAGAGAGCCAAGGAUCGUCACAGGCCUCGACGUCGUUCUCGUGUCCGGCGAUGACACACGAGCCGACCUCUCAGCCAGAUCAGGGACGUCAGUGGAACACUACUGCAGGAUUCGGUCUCUCUUCUUCCUUCGGCCAUACUGGCCAUUGGGGCCAACAAGGAUCCCACUUCGUCCCACAGCAGGGGAUGGAAAUGUUUGGAGGGACAGCGCCAGUUGGGGGACCGUACCCAGGGAUGGGACCGCCGCCAUCGACACCAGCCUACCCAGGAUUCUAUCCAGAUGCGGGCGUCGGACCUUCUUCCUCUGCACAACCUGGGUUCGUCUCAGACACGUUCGUUCCAGAUAGCGGUGGCUUCAACUUAGAAGAUCUCGACAACUUCACUUCCCUCUCACCCGCGGAGCAAGGUGACCCCGAUGUCUUGGGAUCUUCACAGCUAGGAGGAGCACCACUUGGUUACUCUCAGCAGCAGACACCGCAGCCUUCUGUGCGUCCUCAGCGACAAAUGAGGUUUCCGGAUCGUCACACCUACUCGCAGGGCCAUGUCCAUGCCCAGCAGAGGGCGAAGAGUGUCCGACACCGUCGGGGUGGCUAGAUAUGACUUAUGUUUGUAUCUUGUAUGUUUCUUUGUAAUGACAUAGUGGCCGAACGUUUAUAUCUUA